AUGAUAUGGCGCUGCGCGGUCCUUGUGGGGACGCUGCUAGCCUGGAGCGGGAGUGGCUUGGCGGGCCGGCUCAGCAGGGCGGCCUCGAGGAUGGGCAACAGCACGUCGUGGACUUGGGGGAAGCCGGCAGCUGCUCCCAUGAAUCAGAUCCAGGAAACCAUUUCUGACAACUGUGUGGUGAUUUACUCAAAAACAUCUUGUUCCUACUGCAACAUGGCAAAGAAGCUUUUUCACAACAUGAGCAUAAACUACAAAGCGGUGGAACUGAACCUGCUUGAAUAUGGAAGCCAGUUUCAAGACACGCUUUCCAAGAUGACUGGCGAGAGAACCAUGCCAAGAAUAUUUGUCAAUGGGACUUUUAUUGGAGGUGCCAUGGAUACCCACAGGCUUCACCAGGAAGGGGAACUGCUUCCACUGGUUCAUCAGUGUUAUUUGAAAAAAAGCAAGAAGCAUUUUGGUGACAGUGUUUGA